AUGUUCGCUCGUGUGACGCCCUUCCUCCUCUUUGCAGCCUUCCUGCUCUUGCUCCUUGUCACUCUGUCUGCGCCUAUCAUUGAUGCUAUAUAUCUUUUUCGUCUGGCCAUCGACACUGGCACUUCUUUUCCUGGGUCCGGAGCCACGGGCGCUGUCCGCUUUGGUGUAUUUGGAUAUUGCGUGUCAGAUGUUCAGGCCUCCAUCUUGGGCAUAGGGGUUGAUAGAGAUGCCCGAUGCUCCUCGACUCGUCUCGGCUAUACGAUCGAUGAAACUGUCGCCCGUGUUCUGCGAGCGGAGGAUAUCCGAGAUCUAGUCUCUCGCACCACCACCGCUGCAUUCGUUCUCAAUCCUAUUGCUACUGGCUUGACUUUCUUCGCCUUCGUCGUAUCGUUGUUCAUGCUCCGAAGGGACACUGCAUUCUCUCAGAGCCGAUUUGGAUCGACCACUGUGAAAACGACGAGGACGUCCAGAAUCGCUUCGUUCGUCACAUUUGCAUUGGGCCUUCUAGCAGCUCUUGCGGCGACCACUGCUUUCCUGAUUAACGUCGUGAUCGUCGCGGUUGUGAGAAACAGGCUUAGUGAUGCCACUGACAGUGUCACUCUCAAUUGGGGUAAUGCGGUCUGGAUGACCUUGGGUGCCGCAGUCGCACUCUGGAUUGCCGUCAUUGGUGCCAUUUGGGGGGUCUGCUGUGGAGGCCGUCGCAGGAAGCACGUCAACGGCACCUAUUAAGCUGCGAAGACAUGACGAAAUGAAUCCUUACCACGACGCAAAGAGUCACAAUGAAUGCCUCUUACGACCUUGUUCACGAAGACUGUAUACCAACUUACGCCACUCCGGAUCCGAAGCCUUAAGUUUGGAAUCAGCCCCUAUUUUAACCAUCCAAUAAUCGUUUGUUGAACCCCUCACACGCAACUCACUUAGUCGUCAGUCAAACUUAACCUUGCAUGCGCGCUACAGACAAUGCUUUCAGUGUAACAUACUUACCAUUACCAGCCUUGCAUACUAUCACCUACCCCAUGAACAUGGUCUAAAAGAAGCUUGUUGAGAACAUCCAUGUGAACAGACACCUGGAGAACCACUCCGUUAUCACUCCACCACAUCCUUCUUCGCUAUUCUCUUCUCUUCUUUUUCUUUCCCGAUUGGAAAUGGACGGACCCAUUGUGCGCUCCGCGUGGAUGCGCGAAUUCCUUGGAUGUUAUGUAGCAUUUCAAUAAUACAGAUGUUUCGGCCUGUGUAGAAGAUGUCGAAUAGCUCAGACGUCGUCUUCAGGGC